AUGGAUCCUCGGUUAAGAGGUUAUUCAAUUUCAAUGAAUGGAAUCCAACUGGGGAACCAACCUAUAUCCGUGCUUUCAAAUCAGAACCUUGUUUCAAGACCCAGAUUCGAAAAUACUUCCGUUGAUCAUAAUUGUAGGGAGUUUCAUUACAUUACGCCCGAUCCAAAGCCAACUAAUGUAACCCCAUAUUCAAAUCUGACUCACGAAGAAGACUCUUCCAAAGAUUUUGACUUUUCAGAUGUAACUUUGAGGUACAUAAGCCAGAUGCUUAUGGAAGAAGAUAUUGAAGAUAAGACUUGCAUGCUUCAAGACUCUUUAGAUCUUCAAGCUGCCGAAAAAUCCUUCUAUGAUGUUCUUGUCAAGAAUGACCCUCCUUCACCAGAGCCAAACCCCACUUACAUCGGUCAAAAUCAGGACAACCUGCAUGAUAGUUUCCCUUGUAAUUAUAUUUCUACUAGUCGUAGUGAUAGUGGCUAUUUAGAUGAUAAUGCUUGUAUUCACAAUCCUAGUGAUUACAUUUCCUUUCAACUACAGAUUCCCCAUGUUUCUAGCAUAUCCCAAACAUCACAUAGCUCUUCAAACAGUGUAAUCACUACUGUUGAUGGGCUGGUGGAUUCUCCUAGCAGUACUAUUAAGUUCCCUGAUUGGAACAGUGAGAGCCAAUCUAUUUUGCACUUUAGGAAGGGUGUCGAGGAGGCUAGCAGAUUUCUUCCUAGUGGUAAUGACUUGUUUCUUAAUAUUGAGGCCAAUAGGUUUUUAUCUCAAGAACCGAAGUUGAGGACUAAUGAGGUUGCUAUCAAGGUGGAGAAAAAGGAUGCAGGGGACUGCUCACCUAGUGGGUCUAGGGGAAAGAAGAAUCCUCACCGGGAGGAUGGGAAUGUUGAAGAAGAGAGGAGCAACAAGCAACUGGCUGUUUAUACUGAAUCCGCUUUGCGAUCAGAUAUGUUUGAUAAGGUUUUACUUUGUAUGCCAGGAAAAGGUCAGCCUGAUUUGACAGCUCUUCGUCAGACCCUCAAGAGUGCAUCAAUAAAAAAUGAGCAGAAUGGACAGGCAAAGGGAUCCAAUGUUGGGAAGGGUCGUGGUAAGAAGCAAAGUGGGAAAAAGGAUGUGGUGGAUUUGAGAACCCUUCUAAUAAGUUGUGCACAAGCUGUUGCAGCUGACGAUCAUAGGAGUGCAAAUGAAUUGCUAAAGCAGAUUAGGCUGCAUUCCUCUCCUUUUGGGGACGGAAAUCGGAGAUUGGCUCAUUGCUUUGCUAAUGGUCUUGAGGCACGCUUGGCAGGUACUGGAAGCCAGAUUUACAAAGGCCUUGUUAGUAAGAGAACGUCUGCAGCUGAUAUCUUGAAAGCUUACCGUCUUUAUAUUGCUGCAUGUCCUUUUAGAAAAGUCUCCAAUUUUGUCUCUAACAAGACAAUAAAGAUUAUGGCAGGAAAUUCAAUGAAGCUUCAUGUUAUCGAUUUCGGCAUCCUUUAUGGUUUCCAGUGGCCCACCCUUAUUCAGCGGCUGUCAUGCAGACCAGGUGGACCGCCAAAGCUUCGGAUGACUGGAAUAGAAUUUCCCCAACCUGGAUUUCGGCCAGCAGAGCGAGUUGAGGAAACUGGACGUCGCUUAGCAGCUUAUGCUAAGGAGUUCGAUGUGCCCUUUGAAUACAAUGCCAUAGCAAAGAAAUGGGAAACCAUACAACUAGAGGAACUCAAGAUUGACCGGGAUGAAGUUGUUGUUGUUAACUGUCUGUAUCGGGCUAAGAACUUACCUGAUGAAACGGUGGCAGUGAACAGUCCAAGAAGCAUUGUUCUUGAUUUGAUAAGGAAGAUAAAUCCUGAUAUUUUUGUUCAUGGGAUUACCAAUGGAGCAUACAAUGCCCCUUUCUAUGUUACUCGAUUUCGAGAGGCACUGUUUCACUUUUCUGCAAUGUUUGAUAUUCUUGAGACUAAUGUGCCCCGUGAAGAUCUGGAGAGGAUGGUGAUUGAGAAAGAGAUUUUUGGUAGGGAGGCUCUGAAUGUUGUAGCUUGUGAAGGCUGGGAGAGAGGGGAGAGGCCAGAAACAUACAAGCAAUGGCAGGUCCGUUGCUUGAGAGCUGGGUUUGUGCAGUUGUCUUUUGACCGUGAGAUAGUGAAGCAAGCAACUGCUAAAGUGAGGCAGCAUUACCACGGAGAUUUUCUAAUUGAUGAAGAUAGCCGGUGGCUGUUGCAAGGAUGGAAGGGACGAAUCAUUUAUACACUUUCUGUUUGGAAACCUGCUAGCAAAGCUUGA